GUGGUGAUAAGCAAGGCCCUCUUCCGAAUUGUAAUAAAUUGAUUCCUUUAGAGAGCAAGCUAAAACGUAAAAAAAAAAGGAAAAGCAAACAGUCGUUGUUGAGGUUAUCCCUUUGGUUUGUGUGCGUGUGAACGCGUAGAUUUUCUCAGAAAGUUUUGUUUUAAGUUAUUCAAACUAUUAGUUUCAGUAUUUUUUCCCCUUCCAGCAGUUCCCCCCGCUACGGUGGAUUCCUUGUAGACAAAAAAGAAACCGUUCCGGAGAUAUCAAGAAACCGUCAUCGAAGGGAAGCAAAUAAUAGCCAGGUCCACGGGUUUUUUCUAUCGAUCCCAGCCCCACCCCGGUUUGAUUUAGACGUUGCGUCUCGUCGAUUCUUCUUUGCACGUUCCGGAUCGAAUCCGCGAAGAUGGGGACGACGGAUGGUCUAAGCUACGAGAACGGCGACCCCCCGCGUUCCGAUGCGACCCAUCAGUACAUCUUCAAUCGCGUCUGCGAUUUCUUCGCCUGCGGCGACGCCGCGAAGCUGGAGGAGCUUCGUCGGCAGCUUCGCGUGAACUUCGCGGACGGCUCGCCGAAUUUCAUGGAGGUGCACCGCAUGCUCCUCGGGACCGGCGCGAACACGCUUUUGUUUGUCUACCAACCCUCCGACGAGGACGGGGCCGGGGCGGAGGACCUCCUCCGCGUGCUCGACCCCGCGCGGAGCUCCGUCGCGCACGUCUACAAACGCUCCGUCUACCUCCUGCGCCCGUCGAACCAGCGGGCGAUCAGCCCGAAGGACGUCGCGCAGGCGGUGCAGGAGCUCAACAUGGGGAUGCUCCCCGCCGACGUCCUGACGAGCUACGAGCACCUCUUGACGGAGGUCUACACCCCGUUGCUGAGCCGCAUGCAGGCGUGGGGGGAUAACACGCUGGAGGAUCGCAACCACUUCAUCGCGCACCUCGUCCGCUACGCCGAUCGGGUGGCGGAGCUGCAGCGGAUGCCGAACGACCCGAUCCGCCUCCCCGCGAUCGACGAGCGGACGUGGGAGCGGCUCCAGGGCGGCGGCCCCCACCCCCGCGGCGGGAGCGGCGACCCCGACGUCGUGCAACCCCUCAGCGAGACGGUCCAGCGGUGGAUCGAGGUCGUCGGCGAGGUCGUCGCGCAGCAGCCGAAUUACGAGGCGGAGCUGCUCGACGAGAACGCCGGGCCCCGGACGGAGGUGGAGCUGUGGCGGAAACGCCUCGCGUACUUGCAGCUCGUGGAGACCCAGCUCGAGCGGGUCGCGGCGCCGCACGCGAUUCAAUACCUCCGGCGCAUCCACAGCCCCCUCGUGGGGAGCUGGACGGAGACGGACGCGCUCCUCACCGAGGCCCUCGCGGAGGCGCGUGAGAAUGUGAAAUACCUCCAGUCGUUGGAUAAACACAUCGAUGUAUUAUACACGUCCAACCUGAAUGAUAUCAUCAACGUGCUCCCGCCGCUGAUCUCGAAUAUUCGGAUGAUGUACAUCAUCGCGUGCUACUAUCCCACCCGGGAGCACAUGACGGCGCUGUUUUUUAAGAUCACCAACGCACUCGUGCUGGCGUGCAAGCGGGCGAUUAACCCGUCGGGGAUUCGCGCGCGGAUAUGGGAUAUGAUUCACACCCAAAGCACCCUCCAACAGCUGCUGGAGCCGUUGCAGACAAGCGUGCGGCUGAACGAGGUCUACGUCUCGGAGUAUCGCAAAGCGCAGCAGAUUCUGGAAAGUCAAGGCAGCAGUCGGCUGUUCGACUUCGACGAGCUCCGCUUUAUGGGGCAUUUUAACCUCUUCGUGAAGCGCGUCGAUAAGCUGAUGGUGGUGUUCCGCAAGGUCGAGCAGUUCGCGCUGCUGCGGGAUUACCACAUCGACGCGAUGGAGAGCCUGAUCCCGCGGUUUGAGGAUUAUCUCGGACAUUUGCGCGGCAAGACCACCGAUAUCCUCGACAUCCACGACAACAACAAGUUCGACGUGGAGUUUAAGAUCUUCGAGACGCGGCUGGCGGAGCUGGAGACGUCGAUGCAGGUCGCGAUCAACUCCUCCUUCGAGAACAUCACCUCGACCGAGAAGGCGCUGAUGCUUUUGAGCAAAUACCAACGCAUUCUCCAGUCCGAGACCUUCGCGGCGGAUCUGGAGUCGAAGUACCUCGUCAUCUUCCACAGCUACGGCCUCGAGUUGGAAAAGGAUCAGAAGAACUACGAGCGCUACAAGGCGAACCCGCCGAUCGCGCGCAACAUGACGCCCGUCGCGGGCGCCAUCAGCUGGGCCCGGCAGCUCCUCCGCCACAUCAAAGAACCGAUGGAUCGCUUUAAGGAUAACCGCACCGUCAUGGCGAACACGAAGGAUAGCAAGAAGAUCAUCCGCACCUACAACAAGGUCUCCAUCGCGCUGCUCGGAUUCGAGGCGAUUUGGGUGGACGCCUGGCGGCGGUCGAUCGAAUCGCAGCGCGCCGGGCUGAACGCGACGCUGCUCGUACGCCACGAGGGGCGGCUCUACGUGAACUUCGACAGCGAAAUCCCGCAGCUCAUCAAGGAAACCCGGGCGUUGAUGCUGCUCGGGGAUAUCGAGAUCCCCGCGGCCGCCCGCACCCUCCCCUUGCAGGAGCAGAAGCUCAACACCUUUUACAACGAGCUUAGCUAUCUGGUGAGGGAGUAUGAGCACGUGGUGGGGCGCCCGGGAGGGGCGCGCUGCAAGAUUAUCGGCAUCACCCGACCGCUGCUGCAGCCGAUUAUCGACGCCUUGGAUGCGAUCUUCCGCCCAGGCGAAACGACCCUGACGUGGAGUUCGAUGAACGUCGAUGCGUACCUCGAACGCGUCCGCGCCGCGAUCGACGCCGUCGAUGCCCUCGUUACGAAGGUAAACGACAUCAUCACGAAUCGAAUCCAAUGCAACCUCAAGACGGUCUCCACGAUGCUGCUGGUGAACCUCUUUGAGGAGCAUUUCUCGCUGGAUCAGUUCGUGCAGGUGCAGGAACGUUUUAUCCGGCAGCAGUGCGAGGCGAUGGAUAUCAAAACCCGCGAAAUCGAGAGCGCCGUCGACGACGUCAUCAGCGCGAUCUUAAAGGGAAAUAAGGAGCUGUUCAAAGGGCGGGAGGUGGCGAUAGAGACGUCGCCGAUGAGCGGGCGGUUCUCCAGCUCAGGCAACAGCGUGAGCACGGGGCUGGAGGAUUACCACCACCACCGCCAGGAUGUCGAAACGCAGGAAAAGGUCACCACCCUCAAAGGGCAUUUUAGCAAUCUUAUGCUCAAGGCCAUCCUCACCUGCACGACGCGCUCGCUGAAUCUGCUGCGGAAGCGCGUCGGGGCGAAGAAUCGGGUGACCUUUUUGUUUCAGCAGAAGCCCUUUUUUGACGUCGAUGUGCAGCUGAUCAAUGCGGAGCCGUACGUCUUUCUGAACCCCUCGCUUGACGAGGUGCAGCGGACGAUUAACCAGUGCGCGACAGCGGUGCUCUCCUGCACGCGCUACAUCACGCGCUGGAAGGAUCUCCCGGAAGGGACCCCCUCCUUUCACGAGGAUAUCGCGAAGAAUAAGGAGGUGGUGAAGGUUGUGCUCCAGCUCACCGGCAGCGUGCACGGGUUGAAGAAGCACAUCAUGGAGUACCUCUCGCACUUCCGCAAGUACGAAGGCCUUUGGAAGGAAAAUCAGAACGAAACCUACGCCGCCUUCCUGGCGACCGACCCGGUGCUCGAUGAUUAUGAGGCGAAGCUUCAGAUGUUCGUCGCCCUCGAGCACGAGAUCCAGAACCUCGCGCCGUUCUUUAACAUCGGCAGCAUGUCGUUGCGAAAUAAACCCCUCAAGGAUGAAAUUCUCCAGCGCGUGCGGGAGUGGAAGGAGAUGUACAUCAACAAACUCUACGCCGUCUCGCAGAACAAGCUGGACUCGCUCACGCACCGCAUGGAGGAGGAAUCGCGGCAGCUGAGUGUGAACCUCCCCGAUCAGGAUAAGCUCGAGGAGCUCCGGGUGCUGAUGAACACGCUGAAAGAUAUCCGAAACCGCGAAUCCCUCGUCGACUUCCAGUUCUACCCCAUCCAGCAAGCGUACGCGCUCCUCCAGCGCUACUCGAACGUGAUCCCGAAGGAGGAGGCGGACCGCGUGGAUGAUUUGCGGUUUAAAUGGCGAAACCUCCACCAGGCCGCCGGGCAGCGCACCGAUGAGAUCAACGCGAUGCAGUUUAACUUCAAGAAGGGGCUCACGCAGGAGGUGCAGAAGUUCGGCGCCGAGGUGCUCGCGUUUCGCAACGACUACGACGCGAACGGCCCGAUGGUGGAGGGGCUCCCCCCGCAGGAGGCGAUGGAGCGGUUAAAACGCUACCAACGCCAGUUCGAUGAUAAAUUUCGAAAGUGGCUUACCCUGAUGGCGGGUGAGGAACUCUUCGGGCUCCCGCUGCACAAAUACCCCGAGCUGGUGAAGACGAAGAAGGAGCUUGAGCUUCUCGAUAAGCUCUACACGCUGUAUAUCAACGUCCUGCAGAAGGUGAACGGGUAUAACGACAUCCUCUGGUGCGAUCUCAACUUCGACGCGGUUUGCGAGGAGGUGAGCGUGUUCGUCAGCCAAUGCAAGCGGCUGCCGAAGUCGCUGCGGGAGUGGGAUGCGUACAAGGUGCUGAAACGCAUCCUCGACGACUUCAUCGAGCUCCAGCCGAUCAUCGAGGAGUUGAAGAACCCCGCGGUGGUGGAGCGGCAUUGGCAAGAGAUUAUGAAGGUGACGGGGCAUAAAUGGCGGACCGAUCCGGAUCUCUUUAAGCUGCAGGACCUCGUCGACGCGAAUCUGCUUCGUGUCGUGGACGAGGUCGUCGAUAUUGCGACCUCCUCCGUGCGGGAGGCGGAGAUCGAGGCGAAGUUCCGCGCGCAGGAGCUGCUGUGGAAGGAUCAGGAGCUUCACUUCUCAGAGUUCAAACACCGGGGGCCGAUCGUGCUGAAAGGCGACGACACUAUGGCGAUCCGCGAGGCCUUGGAGGAGUCCUCGCUCGCGGUGAACUCCAUGCUCUCGCUGCGGUAUUGUGCGUUUAUGCGGGAUACGAUCCAGAGCUUUCUGAAGAAACUCGUCAAGGUGAGCGAGUCGAUCACGCUGUGGACGGAGGUGCAGGCGACGUGGCAGUACCUCGAGGCGGUCUUCGCGGGCGGCGACAUCAUGAAGCAGCUCCCGCAAGAGGCGAAGCGCUUCGCCAUGAUCGACAAGCAAUGGCAAAAGAUCAUGAACAAGGCGAACGAGACGCCGAACGUGCUGGAGUUCUGCUACGAAAACGAGCUCCUGCAGAACUUCCCGAACCUCAAAGAGCAGCUCGACGAGUGCCAGCGGAAGCUCUCGCUUUACCUGGAGCAGAAGCGGAACCUCUUCCCGCGGUUCUACUUCGUCUCGGAUACGGUGUUGCUGGAGAUCCUCUCGCAGGCGAGUGACCCGCAGUCGAUUCAGCCGCACCUCUCCUCCAUCUUCGACGGCCUCGCCGCGGUGACGUUUGAGCGGGUGAAGCCGAAGGAGACGAACGCGCAGCCGUACAUGCAGAUCGUCGAGAUGACCUCCGCGGAGGGCCAGGCGCUGCGGAUGCGGGAGCCCACCGCGUGCGUCGGGAACGUCGAGGAGUGGCUCACCCGCCUCUGCGCGGCGAUGACCGUGACCGUGCGCGAGGUCGUCAAGGCCAGCGUGACGGAGCUCGGCACCCUGCUCGCGAACACGGCCUACCUCGGGACGAUCAUCGAGCGCUACCCCGCGCAGGUCUCCUUGUUGAUGCUGCAGUUCUUCUGGACGGCGGACGUCACGGAGUGCAUCACGAAAGGGAUUAUGAGCAGCCGCGGACGGGAGUCCGCCGCGGCCCGCGCGAAGUGCGACGCCGUGAAGAACUUCCUCGUCAACCUCACCACCUCGCCGGAGCUGGAGAGGAAGCCGCUGCGGAUGCGCACCAACGUCGAGACGCUCAUCACGAUUCAGGUCCAUCAACAGGAGGUCUUCAUCGAGCUCCAGCGCGCCACGAUUAAGGAUAUCACGCACUUUGACUGGCUCAAACAGGCCCGGUUUUAUUACAAACCGGAGCGCGACCUCACCCUCAUCUCCAUCGCCGAUUCCGAUACGGAGUACUGCAACGAGUACCUCGGGGUGAAGGAGCGGCUGGUGAUCACGCCGCUCACCGAUCGCUGCUACAUCACCCUCUCGCAGGCGCUGGCGAUGUAUAUGGGAGGCGCCCCCGCCGGCCCCGCGGGGACGGGAAAAACGGAAACCACCAAAGAUCUCGCCCGCACCUAUGGUAAGUUUUGCGUCGUGUUUAACUGCUCCGACCAGCUUGAUCGGCAUGCGAUGGGGAAGAUCAUCCGCGGGCUCUCCCAGGCGAACGCCUGGGGCUGCUUUGAUGAGUUCAACCGCAUCGAUCUACCGGUGUUGUCGGUCGUCGCGCAGCAGGUGAGCUGCGUCCUGCAGGCCCUCAAGCAGCACAAGGAGAAGUUCAUCUUUAUUGACGGCCAGAUCACCGAUCUGAUGCCCGGGGUGGGGUUCUUCAUCACGAUGAACCCCGGCUACGCCGGGCGGCAGGAGCUGCCGGAGAACCUGAAGAUUCUCUUCCGUGGUGUAACUAUGAUGGUGCCGGAUCGCCAGACGAUCAUGAAGGUGAAACUGGCCGCGCAAGGCUACAGCAAGGACGAUCUCCUCAGCAAGAAGUUCUUCAUCCUCUACAAGCUCUGCGAGGAGCAGCUGUCGAAGCAGCGGCAUUACGACUUUGGGCUUCGGAAUAUCCUCUCGGUGCUGCGCACCGCCGGCGCGGUGCUGCGGAAGAACCCAAACAAAGACGAGGAGGAUCUUUUUAUGCGCACCCUGCGGGAUAUGAACCUGUCGAAGCUCGUUUUUGAAGACAUCGCGCUCUUCGACUCCCUCUUGCGGGAUAUGUUCCCGGGCCGUCAGGCCGCCAAGGGCUCCCACCCCGAGAUCGAAGGCGAGCUGCGGAAGCUCAUCGAAGGGAAGGGUCUGAUCUACUGGACGCCGUGGGUGAGCAAGGUGCUGCAGCUUUAUGAGACGAAGCUGGUACGGCAUGGCAUCAUGGUCGUCGGCCCCGCGAUGUGCGGUAAGACACAGUGCUACGACGCGAUGACGGAUGUGCUCUCCCGCACGACGGUCCCCCAUCAGCAGCUCCGCAUGAAUCCGAAGGCGAUCACCGCGCCGCAGAUGUUUGGCCGCGUGGAUGUCUCCGGGGAUUGGCAUGACGGCGUGUUCUCCGCCCUCUGGCGGCAGGCCGUCCGCGCGGCGAAGAAGAAGAACGUCUGGAUCGUCUGCGACGGGCCCGUCGACGCGAUCUGGAUUGAAAACCUUAACACGGUGCUGGAUGAUAACAAGCUGCUCACGCUCGCGAACGGGGAUCGAAUUCAGAUGACGGAUACGAUGAAAUGCUGCUUUGAGAUGGAGAACUUGGCGAACGCAUCACCGGCGACGGUCUCGCGCGCGGGUAUCGUCUACAUUUCGGACGUCAUCCUCGGCUGGCGCCCGGUACUCGAGUCGAGGCUGAAGGCGAAGGUGCAGUCGGAUGGCAACAUCCUCCCGUCGGAUGUGCAUAAGGUGUGCAAUCCGCAGCUCGCGGAGAAGCUGCUCGAAGUGUUUCUCUCCGGCAGCGACGCGAACGGCAACUCCAAAGACGCCCUGCUCACCGAUCAGAUCGCGGAGUUUUACACCAAAGAAUGCCAGCUCAUCAUGCGAACGUCGACCGCGCAUCUCGUGCAGAACGCCUUUCAUCUCGCGGUCGCCCUUGGGGAAGAGAUCGGCGAGGGGGUGGAGGUAAACGACGUGUUGGUGGAGAAGAUCUACUGGUUUAGCAUGUCGUGGGCCUUUGGCGGGAUGCUCGGAACGAAGGAGCGCGAGCGGUUCGACCAGUUCGUGCGGACCAAGUUCACCAACCUCCCUCCGUCCACGGCGGGGAUGAUCUUCGAUUUCUCCCUGAACUGCAAGAACGGGGAGUGGGAGAGCUGGGGGAACUUUGUGGAGCCGUGGAAGUACCCAAGCGACGACCGAUUGGACUUCUCCACGCUCUUCAUCCCCACCGCCGACUCCGUUCGGCUGCACUACCUCACCCGAUGCAACGCGAUGCAGAUGCGGCCGACGCUGCUCAUGGGCGUGAGCGGCACCGCGAAGACGGUGACGAUGGAGAAGUUCCUCGACAAGGCGAAAUCGCAGGUCGAGCAGCGGAACUUCCGUAAGGUGAACUUCUCCUCCAUGACGACGCCGCAGAACUUCUACAACACCCUCGAGGAUAUGACGGAGAAGAAGAUGGGGAAUACCUAUGGCCCGAAGAACUGUGAUGCCAUGACCGUUUUCAUCGACGAUAUCAACAUGCCCGAGAUUAACGAGUGGGGCGAUCAGAUCACGAACGAGAUCGUGCGGCAGGUGAUCGAGCUCAAUCAGGUCUACGACCUCUCCAAACCUGGUGUGUAUAAGGUCCUGAAGGGGAUGGAUUUCAUGGCGGCGAUGUCGCACCCGUCGGGUGGCAAAAACGACAUCCCCAACCGCCUGAAGCGCCACUUCUCCAUCUUCAACGUCCCCCUCCCGGAGGAGAGCAACAUCCAGCAGAUCUUCGGCACCAUCUUUGAGGGUCGCUUCUCCAACGGGAACUACUCGCAAGGGGUGCAGGACAUCGCGCGGAUGCUCACCACGAUGUCGAUCAGCUUCUGGGAGGCCAUCGUCAAGCGCAUGCUGCCGACGCCCGAUAAGUUUCACUACUUCUUCAACCUUCGCGAUCUGUCGAACAUCACGCAGGGGGUGAUGCUCGCCGGCAUGUUCGCCGACCCCGACCGCCCGGAGAAGCGUGCGCAGAGCAAACCGUGGGAGAUCAUCACCGACCCGCUGAAGCUGCUUCAGAUCUGGAAGCACGAGUGCGCGCGGGUGUUUAGCGAUAAACUGAACAGCGUGCAGGAUAAGAAGUGGUUCGACGCCCACAUCCAGGAUUGCAUCACCGCGCAUCUCGCCGGAACCCCUUAUAAGGACCUCGCCGAUCAGGUGCAGGCGCCGAUCUACAUGGCGAACUUCCUGCGCGAUCCGAUCUACGAUCCGGAGACGGGUGAGCUGGCGGAACCCGCGCCGCGGAUUUACGAGCCCGCGCCUUCGAUGACCGCGAUCCUCGACCGCCUCGUGGCGGCGAUGAAAGCCCACAACGAAACCCCCGCCGGGCGCGUCCGAAAGCUCAACCUCGUGCUCUUCGAUGCAGCGUUGAAGAACGUCUGCCGCGUCUCCCGUGGGCUCUCCUUGCCGCGCGGGAAUCUCCUCCUGGUGGGGGUGGGUGGGAGCGGCAAGCAAUCCCUCGCACGCCUUGCCGCCUUCGUGAAUAACUACGACUACGCCACCCUCACGAUCUCCAAAGGAUUCAGCGUCAGCCAACUCUUCGACGCGAUUCGCGAGCAAUACAUCUCGGCGGCGACGAAACGCCCGGUGAUGAUGCUCUUCACCGACAACGACAUCAAACAGGAGAUCUUCCUCGAGUACAUCAACUCCUUCCUUUCCAACGGUGAGAUCGCGGGGCUCUUCGCGAGCGACCAACGUGACUCCGCGAUUAAUGAGAUUCGCAACGUCAUGAAGAAGGAUCCGUACGCGAAGUUUGAGGAUAUGAGCGAGACGCUGUGGAAGUACUUCAUCAACCGGGUGCGGGAGCGGCUUCACUUUGUGCUCUGCUUCUCCCCAGUCGGGGAGCGGUUCCGGACCCGCGCGCGGAAGUUCCCCGCGCUCGUCUCCACCUGCAUCAUCAACUGGUUCUUCCCGUGGCCCAAACAGGCCUUGCUGAAUGUGUCUUCCCGCACGAUCAAGAACUUCGCGGCGGCCACGGAUAACAAAACGAAGGCCGCGCUGGUCGAGCUCAUGGCGGAGAUCCACACCCUCAUGCUCGAGCGUUCGGAGGAGUACCUCCUGCGGUAUCGCCGCUCCGUCUACAGCACGCCAAAGUCCUACCUCAGCUUUAUCGACUCCUUCACGACGGUGUAUGAGAAGAAAUACCGCCAACUCAACGAGGAGGCGAUGAAGAUCAACAGCGGGCUGAAGAAACUCCACCAGGCGGCCGAGGACGUCCGCGUGAUGCGGACGCAGCUCCAGGAAAAGGAGAUGCUCCUGAGCAACAAGCGGAAGGAAACGGACGUACUCGUGAAGGAGAUCGAAAUCCACACCGCCGAGGCGGAGAAGAAACGGGCGGAGGUGGAGUUGGUGAAGGAGAGCGUCGCGAACGACGCGGCGAUCGUCGCGCAGGGCGAGGCCGAGGCGAAGAAGGACCUCGAGGCGGCCGAGCCCGCCCUCAUUGAGGCCAUCGAAUCCCUCAACUCCAUCACCGCGCAGGACUUCGUGACGCUGAAGAAACUCGCGAAUCCGCCGGCGCUGAUUAAGCGCAUUUUCGACGCCGUAUCGGUGCUGCUGCACCGCCCGCUCCUCGUUCCGGGCUGCGAGGUCGUGAAGGGGACGCUGUGGAUCACCGACUCGUGGGAUUUCAGCGGCCGCCAACUCGCCUCCGACACCUCCACGCUCGACCUCCUCAAGGAUUUCGGGCAAACCCGCAAGGAUAACAUCAACGAGGAGACCUGCGAGCUGCUGCUGCCGUACCUGUGGAUGGAAGGGUUCACCGCCGACGCGGCGCGGAAGGCCUGCGGGAAUGUCGCGGGCCUCUGCACGUGGGUGAGUAGCAUGUACAAAUACAUCAACAUCGCGAAGAUCGUGGCGCCGAAGAAGGAGGCCUUGCGCAUCGCCACCAUCAAACUCCGGGGCGCGAACAAGAAGAAGGAGGAGCAGGAGCAGGAGCUCGCGCGGGUGACCGCCGAGGUUCGCGAGUUCAACGCCCAGUUGUUGACGGAGAACGCGAAGAAAAAGGCCCUCGAGGAUGACGCGAUGCGAACGAAGCAGCGGAUGGACAGCGCGAAUGGCCUCAUCGACGCCCUUUCCGGCGAGCGGGAGCGGUGGACGCAACAGAGUAAUGAGUUCAAAACGCUCAUCACCCGCCUCGUCGGCGACGUCGCGCUGAGCUGCGCGUUCAUCAGCUAUUGCGGUCCCUUUAACUCCGAAUUCCGCACCCAACUGCUCUACGAUUACUUCUACCCCAAGUGCAAGCAGUUGGAUAUCCCGGUCACGCCGGAUAUCAACAUCGUCAAAUUUCUCGUCGACGAGACGACCAUCGCGGACUGGCAGCUCGAGGGCCUCCCGGUGGAUAGCCACUCCGUGCAGAACGCCAUCAUGAUCACGACCAGCUCCAAAUUCCCGCUCAUGAUUGAUCCGCAAGGGCAGGCGCUGAACUGGAUUCGCAAGCGGACGGAAUCGCAGCUGAACCGGCUCGUUCAGAUGGCCGACCGGAGCUUCCCGAAUCACCUGCAGGAGCUGAUGGAUAAGGGCGGCGCGCUCAUCAUCGAGAACGUCCCGGAGGAAAUCGACCCGAUGAUCGACCCCGUGCUCGAAAAGCAGAUCGCGCGCAGCGGCAAAACCCAGAUCAUCCGAAUCAACGGUGAGGAGAUGACCUACAACGAUAAGUUCAACAUGUUCAUGGCGACGAAGCUGCCCAACCCGAAUUUCACCCCCGAACUUUUCGCGAAGUGUCUGGUGAUCGACUUCACCGUCACGAUGGAGGGUCUCGAGCAGCAGCUCCUCUCACACGUCAUCGGGCGCGAAAAGGCCGAACUCAACGAGGAGAGCGCGAAGCUGAACGAGGACAUCAACAGCAACGAGAAGCGCCGCAAGAACCUCGAGGAUCGCCUGCUCAAACAGCUGAGCGAAUCCCAAGGCAACCUCAUCGACGACGUCGAUCUCAUCAACACGCUUCAGGAGACCAAAGACGCAUCGGCGGAUAUCGCGGAGAAGCUCGCGACGGCCUUCGAAACGAAGAAACGCAUCGCGGGGGCCUGUGAGGAGUACCGCUCCGUCGCCUGUCGUGGCGCCGUGUUGUACUUCCUGGUGGUGCAAAUGUCGCUCGUCAGCAACAUGUAUCAAACCUCCCUCGUUCAGUUCAACGGCGUCUUUGAUAAUGCGAUCCUCAAGUCGGAUCAUCACGCCCUCACGACGAAGCGCAUCACCAUCAUCAUCGAAUACCUCAUGCAGGCCGUCUUCAAGUACAUCAUCCGCAUGCUCUUCUCCAAGCACCGACUCCUCUUUGUGCUGCUCAUGGCCUGCAAGAUCGAGAUCAAGGCCGGGCGGCUUGACAACACCGCUUUCGAGGUCUUCCUCAAGGGCGGCGGCGCGAUGCAGGUGGAUCGGGCCAAACCAUUUGGCUGGAUUAAAGAUAAGGUCUGGGCGAAUAUCAACGCCGUCGCGCAGCAGGUGCCGCGCGCGUUCAAGCAGCUCCCUGACCUCAUCAUCCGCAACGAGCAGCAAUGGCGGCAGUUCAUCGAGUCGGAGUCGAUCGAGACGCAGGUCGUUCCGGAUAUCAACGAUAAGAUCGACGCGUUUGAGCGUUUGGUGUUGGUGCGCGCGCUGCGGGAGGAUCGCACGAUGCUCGCGGCCACGCAGUACGUCUCGCAGAUCCUCGGCAAGGAGUUCGCGGAGCCGCAGCUGCUGGAGUUGUUGGAUGUCGUCGAGGAGACGACCGGGGUGACCCCGAUCUUCUUCCUGCUCUCGCAGGGCUCGGACCCGACGACCCUCAUCGAGGCCUCCGCGAAGAAGCUGAAGAAGAAGAUCUACCCCAUCUCGAUGGGGCAAGGCCAGGAGGCGGCGGCGAUGAACAUCGUGAACAUCGCCUGGGCGAACGGCGACUGGGCGCUGCUCCAGAACUGCCACCUCGGCCUCCCCUUCUUGAUUCAGCUGGAGGAGAAGCUGCGGCUGCAGUUGAUGCCAGCGCAGCCCGGGGAGCGGAAGGCGGAAAUCCACGAGGAGGCCCGGCUGUGGAUCACGUCGGAACCGCACAACGCGGUGCCGAUUGGGUUGCUGCAAAUGUCCAUUAAGCUCACGAAUGAACCCCCGCAGGGGAUUAAGGCCGGCCUCAUCCGGACCUACUCGUGGAUGUCGCAGGAUUACCUGGAGAUGUUCCGUCGCCCGGAAUGGCGGCCGAUGCUCUUUACCCAGUGCUUCCUCCAUUCCCUCGUCGUGGAGCGGCGGAAGUUCGGCCCGAUCGGGUUCAGCGUCCCCUAUGAGUUCAACCAGGGCGACUGGACCGCCUCGGUGCAGUUCCUCAUCAAUCACAUGACGACAAUCGGGGAGCAGAUGCGGAAUCCGGUGAAUCGCGAUACCGUCUGUUAUAUGGUCUCCGACAUCCAGUACGGCGGCCGUAUCACCGACAACAACGACCGCGCGCUCUUCAAGGCGAUCACCGAAUUCCUCUACGAUCCCCACAUCACCAACCCCGACCGGUGCAAGGAUGGAAAGGAGAUGACGGAGUUCUACCCGGGCUACGGCAUCCCGCUCUUCGACGACAUCAACAAACACCGCGAGUUCAUCCGCGAGACCUACCCCGAUAUCGACACCCCGGAGGUGUUUCAGAUGCACUCGAAUCAGGAUAUCACCUACCGCACGCGCCAGGCGCAGGAGGUGCUCGCGACGAUCCUUGACGUUCAACCCCGCGGCGCCACCACCACGGGCGGCAUCACCCGCGAGGAUAAGGUGAUCGCGAUGGCCGAUCAGUACCUCAAACUGCUGCCGGCGACGUGGACGGUCGACCGGGCCCUCCACCUCGGCGAUCGGCAGCCCCUUUCCAUCUUUGCCGGGCAGGAGAUCGAUCGUCUGUUGACGACGAUUCAGACGGUGCGAAGGACCUGCCAGGACCUCAAACUCGCCGUCGCGGGGACGAUCAUCCUGACGCCCGCGCUGCAGGACGCCCUCGACAACCUCUACGACGCCCGCGUUCCCCCGCUGUGGGUGGCGGUGGGGUGGCCCUCGCCGAAUAUCUCGCUCUGGAUUAAAGAGGUGGUGCAGCGGUACGAGCAGCUCAACAGCUGGGCGUCUGUGGGGCGGCCGCCGGUGUACUGGCUCGGGGGCUUUUUCAACCCCCAGGGCUUUUUGACCUCGGUGCGGCAGGAGAUCACGCGAAGCCACAGCAACGAGGCGGUGCCGUGGGCCCUCGACAAGGUCGAAACCCGCACGGAGGUCCGCUCCUCCGAGUACCGCCCGGGGCAGGAGAAUAAGCCGGAGGAUCUGCGCACCGAGCGCGGGGAGGUGGUCGUCCACGGGCUCUACCUUGAGGGCGCGAUGUGGGAUAAGACGAACCGCCGGCUGAAGGAUCCACUCCCCGGCGACCUCUUCCGCGAGCUCCCGAUGCUUUUGAUCUCCGCCAUCAACAAGGACGCCCCACCACCUCAGCAGCCCGUCCCCAUCAAGCCGGGCGUCGGCGUCGUCAAGGAGAAGAAGGUGAAACAGGAGUACUACCGCUGCCCGGUGUAUAAAUACCCGACCCGGUCGGAUACGAACUGGAUCUUCGAUGUGCAGCUGCCCGUCGCCGAAGACGAUGCGUACUGGCGUAUGCACGGUGUCUGCUUGCUUGGCAGCAUUGACUAG